AUGGAUUUAAGAUCUUUAGAUAAGGAAGCUGAAGCGGCUGCAUUGCAGGAAAUCAAGAAUAUGUUUCAAAGAAGUGGUCAACUUGAGAAAAUUGAUACUUUUCGUCAUAGAAUUCAAAGGAAAAAAAUGACUGACGAAACAUUAUUAAAAUCCGCCUUAAAUCAACAAUUAAAUUCUGUUGGUUCUGGUUUGGAGCAACUCAAAUUAAACUUAUCAGAUGCCAAGGAGGUUGAAGAGCGUAUUAAAAAUAUUCAACAACUUAUUGAAAAUGUACCAAAUUUAGCUGAUCGCUUGGAACCAGUGAAAGAAGAAAAUACUAAAUAUUCGCAAUAUGUUACUGCUAUGGAAAAUCUAAAACACAUUUUUACUGUUCAAGCAAGUGUUGAAAAAGCUUUGGAUUGGAUAAAAGAAGAUAAACUUUUGUUAGCACAUCAAUGCCUUUCUGAUUUAGAGAAUUCACGCGAUGAUCUUCUAUUCGAAUUGCAUAAGUUGACAAAACAGAACACUCAUGAUAAAAUCACAUUGAAAUGUUAUUUUGAUAAAGUGGAAACUGUCUCAACAAUGCUUCAAGAUAAGUUACGUUUUAUUUUUAAAAGAACACUUAAUACUGCUAGAAAAGAACCAACAGUUAUUGUUACUGCUUUGAGAAUUGUUGAACGCGAAGAAAAAGCUGAUCAAUUUGCUUUGCAGCAGCAGAAAUUAACUGGAUUUCUCCCCCCAGGACGUCCAAAAGAAUGGAGAUCAAUGCUCUUCCAUACUUUAAAUGAAUCAGUUGAAGAGCGAAUUGUUGGAUCAAUUAUUGAGAACAGAAACGAAAAAUUAUGGCUUGUUAAAGAUCUUGAAUUGAUGAGGCAAUUGAUUCUUGACGACUUAAAAGUUGUGAAGUCAGUUUGUCUUCCAUGCUUUCCGCCAGGAUAUAAUAUUCUUAAGGAAUAUGUAAAAAUGUAUCAUCGAGCUGUUUCCGACUUUCUAGAACAGCUUGUUCGACGAGGGAUCGAAGGCAAUGAAUAUGUUACGUUGUUAUCUUGGAUCAUCAAUACAUAUCCUGGAAAGGAACUGAUGCAGAAUCCUGAACUUCGUAUAGAUUUAUCAGAAAUUGAAAAUAUUCAACCAUUAAUGAAACCGCAAAUUAUAAAAACACUUGAAACAGCUUAUCUUAAAACUAUGGAGAAAAAUUAUACAGAUUGGAUGGAUAAAACAGUGGAAACGGAGAAAAAUGACUGGCAAGCUGGAAUGCCUGACCAAGACGAUCAAUUCUUUCAUACUGCAAGUCCUGUUAUCAUUUUUCAAAUGAUUGACCAACAUUUACAAGUGACAAACACUAUCAAGCAAGAUUUAACGUUCAAUGCUCUAAUAUUAAGCAUUCAACAAGUUACAGUUUAUGGUCAAAAGUAUCGUUUAGCGAUCAUCGAUUUCAAAGAAAAGCAUUUCAAGGAUCGAAGUCAAGUUCCUUUCUUUACACAUCACAUCAUUACAAUUGUAAAUAAUUGUCAACAAAUCAUCGAUCUUGCUCAACAAAUAAAACAACUUUAUUGGCCGAAAACUAGAACUGAUCAUUAUGAAGAUUUUGAGAAACUGCUUCAAACAUUCCAAGCGCUACGUGAUGAAACGGCGUUUUAUUUAUUGGAAGAAGCAUUUCUUGAUCUCGAUGGACACUUCAAUGAAUUGUUUAGCGCUAAAUGGAUUAGUUCAACAAUCGCUAUUGAUACAAUUUGUGUUACAUUACAAGAUUACUUUCAAGACUACAAUCAUCUUCGUGUUAUCAAUUUUGAAUUUGUCAUAAAAGAAGCACAAAAAAUGGUUGCUAAACGAUACAUCAGAGCACUUCUCUCAAAACGCAUCAGCAAGCCUCGAAAUGAAUGUGAAAUUAUUGUGAAGAAAGUUGUAAACGAAGUACGACAAAUCAAAAGUUUCUUUGAGAAGAUUGCACCAAAUUUUUUGAAGAAUGAUUCACCAUUCGACGCAAUUAUUGUGUUAUCACAAUUGUUAUGUUGCGAUACUGAAAUGAUUAUCUUAGACCUUCAUACAUUGCUUACCAAUUAUCCAUCGAUCACAGAGGAUCAUUUAAUUCGACUUUUUUAUAUACGAAAUGAAAUCAAAUCCAAUGAGAUUCGAGAGAAAAUUCAAGAUGCCUUCAGCAGCAGAAAGGUGAAUGUCAGCACACAUGACAAACUCAGUAGUUCAAUCUUCAAGGAAAUUACAUUUAAUGAAACUAAAUUGUGGUCAGUUUAAAUUUUUAUUUAAGCUCAUUUAAAGUUCCCACUUGGAAAAAUCAUGAUUGAUAUAAAAAUUCAUAACUUUGCAUUCCUUAGUAAGAAAAAAAGAACUUAAACAUAAGAAUUUGAAAUUCAACUAAAAAUGUAUGUUUAUUAAAGAAGAAAAUAAUAAUAAAAUGUUAUUUAAUCACCCACACAUGAAUA